AUGUUCGGAAAUGUACGCACCAUUGUCGCCCGCGGCGUCUUGCCUGUUGCACUCGCGACACCCAUCUGCAUCUUCAUAAACGACAACCUGCUCGAAUAUACGUAUAUCCAUGGGCGCUCGAUGCAGCCGACGCUCUCGCCGGACUAUCAUCUGACCGGCGCCCGCGACAUUGUCUUCUGGCAGAAGUUCUCCCCGACGCGUGACCUCCAGCGCGGCGCCAUCGUCAUGUUCAACUCGCCGCAACGGCCUGAGAGCUCGGCCGUCAAACGCGUCAUUGCGCUCGAAGGAGACAUCGUCGUGUUGGAUCCUAAACGUAAACCCGCGGAUAUCGGAAGAGUGCGGGUCCCGCCGGGUCAUGUGUGGGUUGAAGGGGACAAUUGGAGGGAAACGCUGGAUAGUAACGUCUAUGGGGCUAUCUCCAAGGGCUUGAUAAGCGGGAGGGCAAUGUUCGUCGCCUGGCCAUGGUUACGAGCAGGCAAGAAGCCUUGGAACGAGUGGGAGAAUGGUACGGGAAGGAAGACGAAGGUUAUCACUGGACCUGUGGUGGAGCGCGUCACAGUUGGCGAAUGA